AUGCUUCUCGAGCUCGGAUAUAGUAAACCCUGGAUCCAGCUCAAGGAAUGGGCAUUCCAGAGUCUGCCAGUUGAGAAGCAGACGGAUUACCAUGCCGCCGAGAGACUUGCCCAGGCUCCAGGAUUGCGCAAUCGAAUGGGACCGCGGUUUACGACCGUCGUGCGGAAAUGCCUGGGGUGUGAUUUUGGAUUAGGUGAGAACGACCUUACGAAUGAGCAACUACAAGGCGUGUUUCUUGUGGAUGUUAUUGUGGCGUUGAAGGAGGUUGAGAGGGGGCUGAUAGAGUUGGAGAAACAGAUAGGAGGAUGUUGA